UUUGAAUUUCGCGCGAAAUUUCGAAAUUUUUUCGGUUGUAAAUAUUGAAAAAUUAUUUAUAUGAAAGUUGUUUCCGCAGUGAAAUUAUUUACAUGAGUGAAAAAUAAUAGUGAGUGUAAACAAUAAUUGAAAAAAAUUAAUAAAAAUAAACAAAAAAGCAAACAAUAGUAGUGAAAAUUCUGCAACAAUAGACUACAGUGCCAAUGAAUUUGUUAGUGAUUAAAAUUAAGAGGAUGAAGAAAUGGCCAACAUAAAAGUAGCUGUACGUGUCAGGCCGAUAUCAGAACGUGAAUUGAAUUUCACUGGAUCAAAAAUUGUCGUUCGUGCGCAAUCGAAUGAAAUAUCGUUGACGAAUUUAAAGGUUUCAUCAUGGAAAACUGGCGAUAGUCGAGAGCGCAUUAAAACUUAUGGCUUUGAUUAUUGUUUUGAUUCAUCCAAUUCGGAAACAGAGAAUUAUGCAACACAAGCGAAAAUUUAUGAAACCCUUGGAGAAUCGGUACUCGAUUCUGUCUUUACCGGAUAUAAUGCUUGUCUGGUGGCUUAUGGUCAAAGCUCGACGGGCAAAACAUAUACAAUGAUGGGUAGCAAGGAUGAUCCUGGACUAACUCCAAGAUUAUGCAAAGGAAUUUUCACUCGUAUCACUCAAGAAGAGGAUAAUGCCAAGACCUAUCAAGUUUUCGUGAGUUAUUUGGAGAUCUACAACGAAAGGGUCAGGGACCUCUUGAAACCAAGAGCAAAUGCCAGUGGUCUCAGAGUUCGCGAGCACCCCCGUUUGGGUCCAUAUGUUCAAGGCCUAACACGUCACAAAGUCUCCAAUCUGGGGUCGUUGAUGUCUUACGUGGAAGAGGGAAUCAAAGCAAGAAAGACAGCCUCAACUCUACAAAAUCCAAAUAGUAGUCGUAGUCACGCAUUGCUUACGGUCUCCCUCGCACCAGUUUCGCCAAACAAUCAUUCAGCAACAGCUACUGCCAAAGAAAAGGAUUUUCAUCGUGGCAGUAAAUUGCAUUUGGUCGAUCUGGCGGGCAGUGAAAGUGCAGCCACGUGCAGUGGGAUUCAUCGACUAAAAGAAGGCGCAAAUAUCAACAAAAGUUUGGUAGCUCUGGGAAACGUGAUAUCAGCACUCGCUGAAAGAGGCUCCAGUGGAAACGUUCCCGGCAGAAGAUUUAUACCUUACAGGGAUUCAUCUCUCACCUGGCUAUUAAAAGAUGCUCUCGGUGGAAAUGCAACCACAAUUAUGUUCGCCACAAUAUCGCCGGCGAGCGGGAGUUACAACGAAACCGCUCAUACACUACGUUUUGCCCAGAGGGCGCAAAGUGUGGUUAACAGACCUGUGGUCAACGAAGAUCCCAUAGCCAGAAUUAUUCGUGAAUUGAGAACCGAGGUUGCAAGACUCAAAUCAUUAUUACUGGAGAAAGAAUUAGGGGGAUUUGCAAAGUCUCCGUGCAGUUGUGGUCAUAAUUUAGAAGCUGAGUUUGAGAAAGAAGAUCAAAAGGAUGAGCAAGUGGUGCCUUUGACCCGGAUAUCAUCGUCCCGCCUUCUUGGAGAACCAAAGGAGAUUAUCAAGCCUUCUAUCAGAAGAUACAACUCGAAUGAAUGUCUAGUGACACGUGAUACUAGACCCUCGAAUUCCAUCAGAAAGUGCGGUUCCUUUGAAUCAAUCAGUCCAAGUAUAUCCUUUGCUAAUGAAGGAAGAUCCUAUCGUUCAGAGCCAUCAGAACCGCUCAAUUACCAAGUCAACGAGCCAGUCUUUGUCGAUAUUCCAACAUUAGUGGCCGUUUUGAUCAAGCCCGAGAAUUCUUCUCAAGUGCACUCGACCCAAAUUGAAGAAGUCUGUAACGAUGGACUAUUGGAGGGAUUAAUCGAUACCAAACUCUUUAACAAUCUCCAAGACUUGUCAUCAGAAAAUGAUGAUUUGUCCACAAUUGAUGGGAAUUUAAAUAAAAUCGUCGAGGACACGGAUGUUUUGACUAAAAUCGAUAAAGAUUUUGUCGAAUCUGAAGAUUUUACCAACAGGAAGGAUAAUAUUAGAUGUUCGGAUGACAAUCAUGAAAUUCAUGAAAUUAAUACCAAAGAAUUGGGAAAGAAUGAAAUAGUAAAUUUAGGUAACGUAGUUUUAUCUGAUUUGAAUACUCAAGUUCCGACACUUUCCGAGAAGACAAAGAAGGAGAAAACCGAGCGACCGAAGGAAAAGGGAAAAUUAAGGAAACAAGAUUCGGUCGAUUCGAGAAAGAGAAAUAAUCUCAACACCUCGAGGAUCUUUGGUUCGGUUGAUGGUCUUUCGAAGAGAAAGGAAGAACCCCUGAUUCGUUCGCCAACGAAUCUUGAGAAUCGGGCAAAUUCCGAAAAAUCGAAACGAUUGAAUAAUAUCAAAGAAGUCGAGGAUCGAAGACCCAAGGGCGGAAAUUAUUGGCGGGGUUUAGUCACACCGGGCAAUAAGGAACUACAACGAAAAUGGAGCAACGAUUCCGAUCGCAGUCAAAAGGAGACCCAUAAGACUAAAAAUCCCCUAAGGAAGUACAGUAUUGAUGAUCUUAAACGUAAGACUAGUAAGGACAGCAGUUCCAGUAGCUCGAAGGAGGAUCAAUUAAUCUCUAGCAAUUAUUCCAGAAAGAGUUCAUUUCAGGAUCAAGACAGACCCCAUACUCCAAUUCAGAGAAAUCGUCGAGCUGAAAUUGUGGCCGCAGUCACUGAAAGACUCUACUCAAGUGGUAAACGAUCAGACGAAGGAACUGGAGCAACGACUCCAGUUUCGGAUUACCGAUCACCGGAAAGUACAGACGUUAAAUUAGCCGCUGUCACUAGAAUGCGUUUGCAGGAAAUCUCAAGAAGAAUGUUGGCUAAACGUAGAAAAAUUUCUGCCGAUACGCAGACUGAUAAUACUCAAACCGUUAGAGUUAAGGAUAAAGCUUCUCUCACCGAUGAACCGAAAAUUGUUCAAAAGGACGCCGAGGUAUUGACUGAUGAACACGAAGUUUGCGAACGAUUGUCCCAUGGGCAUCAAGUGUUGCGUGUCAAGGAGCGAGCGACUCUUACCGAAAAGCAAAAGACUCCCACCGUUAGAUAUAGGGACGCAGGAAAUAUCACUGACGACUGUGAUGAAGAUUUCGAUCUCCAUUCGCCACGCAACGAUUCCGGUAUUCUUUCGGACGAUACACAGAAUUAUGCAGACAGCAAUAUCUCCGAAACGUUGGAUUUUGGCGAAGAAAGAAGAAGUACUGAAAGCUCCACGAAUACGGUGGGAGGGAUUGAAACUAGCGUUGACGGCACUGCCCAAACGCGACCCGAGGAUCUGAGAACGAAAGAAAACGACUGUUGUCACAGACUCCAUGAAUGUUGCUACCGUCGUCAUUCACAAAAGCACGAACACAAAUCUACUUCUGGUAGCGAAAGCAGUCAAACAAAUGAAAACGGUAGUAUUAGUAGUAAUCAAAAUCUUCAAAACAAUCAUAUUCACUGUCAGAAGCAAAAUUGCAAAGACAAAAGUGUCAUAUCGAUUAAUUUACCGGACAUGAUUAAUAUCACCAUAGAGUCGCCGAAUAUUUUAGAAUCUAGAAUUUCCGUCGCUGACGAGGAGGAAUUGAGGACCAAUUACAGAGAUCGUGAGGUGCAGACUGAGGAGAGGAGAAUAUUCACCGAGGACAUAAAUCGUUACUACAAUACAAGACCCAGUCAAACCGAUGGUCGAACAUUCAGGAUAGAGAACAUAUUUCAAGAACCAAAGACCAUAAGGAUAACACCCGAUUCUAGAAUCACAAAUCGAAUAAGAAUAGUCUCGAGUAUUGAAGAUCCAAAAAUGAAUUUCACCAAAACAAUCGGAACAUCAGGACAGAGAAUAACUUCCAGACGAUGUCUAAGUUUUCACUCACCAUUAAAAUCCCUCCGUAGAAAGUUUUCCCUAAUCCGUGACAGACCAUUUACGGAUAGUUAUUUUUCCCGACGAAGUCGAAGUUUCAGUCCACAUUGCAGAACACCAUUUGUAACGGAGGGUUUUCGAAAUCGAUAUCCAUCGUCAGAAAUGAUAUUAAAUCCGGUACAAGAAGUUUUACUAGAGCGUGGACUUCUAUUUCCGAGGAAUCAGAUUUGGAGUGCUAGUCGUUAUUUUCGUACCACACCAGGCGAGAUGAAUUUAUUCAAUGGUAGACGAUUUCCAAAUGUUGACAAUGAAUUGAGAAAGGAUUCCUAUUUCUCGGAUGACAGUUUGGAUCUUAUGGAGGAGAAGAGCGUUGAAGAUCCCUGUCAGCCUGAUCUUGUCGCCCAUACCAAGGAGAGUUCAAAAAUCACCGAAAACAAAGUUCCCGAUGCAGUGGAAAACUUGGAAACUAUCAAGAAGAAGAAGGUCUCAUUCUCAAAUCCAAGUAUCGUUGACAAUCAAAGUGCAGAUCAGAAACUUCCCCAAACACCCAAACCGAUAAUUAAGAAGAAAAUUUCGUCUGUGGAUUCUAAUUCUCCGGAUGAUGAGGAACCGAAUACGUCGAUUGCGGGUAUUUCGGAAAUGGACGAAAAAAUUUCUAAGGAACUUGAAAAAAAUUCAGAGGAGGAAAGUUUAAUUACCGAUCGGGAUGAACCGACAGGUGGAGAUAUUCCGGCAGAAAGUUUGGAAGAUAAUGGAGAGAAUUCGACGGAAUGUGAAAAAGAUUCGACGGUAGCUGAGGGAGACAAGACGAUUCAGUUAAUCGAAGAACAAGAUCCAGAGGAUCAAGAGAGGAGGAAGGAGGAGGAGGAGGUUCAAGAAUUCGAGGAGAGUGGAAAAACUGAUGAAUUAGAAGAAAAGAAAAGUGUAGGACCUCAGAAUAUUUUGCAGGAUUAUCUAGACGAGGCAGUGACAUUUAUUCGGAAUGUUCAUUCGGUUAAUGAUUACGCGACUGCUACGAAUUUUUUGAAAAAAUAUUUACGAUCUACACGAGGAUCGAGACGACUGCCACAGAAAAGUAGAGAUUACGUGGAGUACGCUGGUGAAAAAAUAAGCCUAACGGACGAUACCGAUCAGUAUUUACUCGAUGAGAACAUUGAGGUACCAAAUAAAGCUUACGAGAAGUGCCUCCAAGGAAUUGAGAAAUUAGAAAAGUGCAUCGAAAAAGUAAAGGACCACGAAGUGUCAUUGAAGGAAAAAUAUGGAAUUGGAACCGAACCUGCUGGUGCUAAACACGUUUUAGCAAAUUCCAAUCAGGAUUUGUUGGGGUACCUCGACAACGAUAAUGACAGUGAUGACAAUAUUCUCAACUCCGACGUUGAUGAGAAUGAUACAUAUCGAAAUUCAAAUUCCGUUAGAGGGAAUUUUCAAGAUAUUGACAAUGAUAAUUAUAAUUGGAGUUAUCGACAUAUCGACCCUGGACUAUUUCCCUCCCAUCAGAGAUCCCAAUUUUCAAGUCAUAUGUCAAACUCACAAAUUGGUGGUAAUUACAGAUUAUCCAAUAGUUACAGAUCAAAAUAUUCAAAUCAAAAGUCAAAAACAUUUGAUAAUUUUGAAAAUUAUCUAAAGGAAAAUAAAAGUUCGAGAACGACAAAAAAUUUUCCAUCAUCAAAAACAGAAUCAUUCGAUAGACAUUUUGGUAGAUUUACUGAUUUCGAUGAUAGUGAGAGAAAUUGUUCACGUUUGUCAAAAAUCAGUCCUCUUAGGAGAUAUGGACCUUUUAAUGGUACUUUUCGGGUUGAUGAUGAUGAUGAUGAUGUUUUGGGGAAAAAAUGGAAGAGUCCAGCAUCAUUUCGACACAGUUCACUUCCACGUUUGACAAGUUCGUCUAAUGAAAGUUUCAGUUCCAGUGAAACAAUUGCAGCAAGUUUGGAAUCAAUUGACAGUGUUUCGAAUGUUAGGGAACAAAUUAAAUAUCCCGGCAGUCCAAGGGCAAAGUUUCUUCAACUAUUAAAUGAAAGACGGAGAAUUGUUGAGAAUAGUCGAAGAGGCAACAAAAGUUAAAAACAAAAAAAAAAGUUUAAGACGAAUAUUUUCACACAAAUAUAAUUGAAUCGCGAGACUGAAAAUGUGUAUUUUUGUAAUUUUCAUAGAGACAAUUCUGCUUCUUAAUUGAUUCGAUUUUCUUUUUGUUUGUAUAUAAAAAUAUCUUCCCCUUUUUGGUUCAUUGGAAAUUUUUGAUGAAAGAUCCAAAAUGAGUCGAAAAAAAUUUAGAAAUUGAUGCGCAAACGAAUACUCCGAGAUUUUUUUUUUUUUUUUGAGAGAGGCAUUGAUUAUGAUUAUAGAGUCAAAUUUGCAAAAUUCAAAAUGGCGAAUCCAAUAUGGUGGAAAUUUUAAAAAAAUGGAUUGAAGUUACUUGAAAGUCGUCAGUCAGGAAUUUUAUAUAUUCGCUGAUUGUAAAUUUAAAAUUCAAAAUGGCGGAUCAAAUAUGGAGGGAAUUUUUUUUAAAAAUUCAUCAAAAUUCACUUUAAAGUUGUCACUUGGGGGCUUCUGGACUCGCUGAUUAUGAAAUUGAUAUCUAUUUUUCAAAAUUCAAAAUGGUGGAAAUUUUUUUAAAAAUUAAUCAAAAUUCACUUUAAAGUUGUCACUUGGGUACUUCUGGAGUCGCUGAUUAUGAAAUUGAUAUCUAUUUCUCGAAAUUCAAAAUGGUGUCAAUUUUUUUAAAAAUUCAUCAAAAUUACUUUAAAGUCGUCAAUCGGGAAUUUCUAAAAUCGCUGAUUGCAAAUUUGAAAUUCGCUUUUUAAAAUUCAAAAUGGCGGAUCAAAUAUGGAGGGAAUUUUUUAAUUUUAGAUUUGCAUUAAUAUUCGAACUUAUUUUUAAUUCUAUCUUCUUUGAUGAAUACUUAAAAAAAAGGGGAAAUGAAUACAUUUUUUCAAAUUAAUAAGAAAAAAAGCGAGAAGCGGAAGAUUUAUUGUACUAAC